AUGUCUGAGAGUUCAGAGGGCGAGAUGUUUGCCUGCCUGGAAGAGCUGUAUGGCUCCCAAGUCGCCGUCCGUGCCGCCGCCUCGGACUCGCUGCUAGACAUGCCUGCUCAAAUUGGCGCACAUGCUGCUGAUGCGACGGCGGUGGAGUCGCUCCUCACCGAGCGCUCGCACUUUGUUCCUGAUGGCGAUGCCAACGAUUGUAUGGUCUGUGCCUUGUCGUUCUCGCUGACAACUCGGCGGCACCAUUGCCGCGCCUGCGGACGGCUGACUUGCGCCUACUGCGCACCCAAGUCACUCCUACUCUCGCAGUUUCAUCCGCAGCCGAUGCGGCUGUGCUCGCUCUGCUCGCGCGAGCUGGCCGGUGCUCUGCUGGAGCCCGAAACGCGACUUGUGCCGCUGCUCCUCAAGCUUCGCUCGCGGGAACGCCGAAUGGCGCUCGCCCGCAGCGAGGCUGAAGAGGUCCUGUCCUCCCGAAACGCGUCCUCCGCUGUGGACUCGCCCGGUCGUGCCGCCCUGCGCGCCCGCCUUUCAGUCUCGAUGUCGGCCCGCCGCGGCGUGACUCUUUUGAAUCCGAUGAAGUGUGAGCUCGGGCUGGUCUCGGCGCCGCCCGAGUGGCUCGCGCCGCAAGAGGUGACGCUCACCACGCCGGUCGCCAUCGGCACCGUCAUGCUCCCGCUGCCACCGGCGGAACGGGUCACCACCGGCGCGCUCUUUGGCUCGUACCUGGUGAGUAUAGCCGGCCUCGCCGCCGCCGCUCCACGAGCCCUGCUCGGCAACCUCUGGCGGCCACUCUUUGACGCCACACGCGCUAGCGACGUGACCUUGCUCGCCGCCCUCCUCCGCGAGCUUGCGCCGGGCCUUGAUCCGUCGGUCGUCAACGACGAGGGCCUCUCUCUCUUACACUACGCGGUCAGCGCAGCGUGCGCUCCGGCAAUCGCUCUCCUCCUUGACGCUGGUGCCAAUCCUAAUGGAACAGAUGCGCAUGGCGAGACUCCGUUGCAUUUGGCCACGACAUUGGGCGAAGACGAAAUUGUCGACAUGCUCCUCCGCGCCGGUGCCAAUCCACUGGCCGUUCCUUCGCCGGAACGGCCCGAGGCUACGCCACUCAAGUAUGCCGCGCGCCAGCGGACCAAGCAAGUUCUGCUGCAAUACAUCAGCCCGGACGUGCUCCCGCGGGUUCGAGCACUCGGCCUCGCCGGCCUCGCCCUCAUCCCGAUCCUCCUCCCCAACGGUGAGGUCUUCCACCUUGGCCUCCCCUCGCACGACUGCACCGUCCGAGUUGCCCUCGCCGAGCUCCUGGUCCAGCUCGCCGCCCGCGCCGUCCUUCCGCAAUCUGCGCUCGAGACGCCGUCGUACGCGUUGUACGCGCACGGCGAACUCGGCGUGGUCCUCGGCCGUGAGCUCAUGCUCUUCACCAUCGACGUUGUCGUCAAGUACUGGCACGGCCAGUUCCUCGGCCCUCCGUUGCAGCUUAUCGAGCUCAUGGCCAUCCCACCUGGCGCCGCUGCCUCGUGCCAUGCCUAUGCCGCUGACUCGGUCGUCCGCGCCGAGCUAGCCUCACUUCCGCCGUCGGCGCUUGCUUUCUCGCGUGCGCCCGAGACCCAGGCCUUCCUCUCCCGCUUUGUCCCGCGACUCGCCUCGCUCGCCGCCCGUCAUCACCAGGCCUCGCCGCAGUAUGCGCUCUCGGUGGUGUGCGGAACGCCGGCGCCAGCCGCACCUGACGCCAUGCUCACCGUCAAGUUCCACCCGGACCCGGAAGGCAGCGCCUUCACCACCCUCCGUUGGCCUCUGCAUGCCAAGACAAGCGACCUCAUCGCCGACGUCCUUGCCAACUCCCGCGUCUUUGCCAAGUUUGGCCUCGACGUGCCGGGCCCCCGCGAGGCGCUCGUUCUCGCCGAGUGGGGCGCCGCCCCGCACUACAUCCACUCGCACGACCUCCCGCUCUCGGCCUUUUCGGUCGUUCGUCGCGCACUCUCGUCCAAGCGCCACCGCGCCGUCCAUCUCACCAUCGUCGCCCGGCCGAGCCCAGCAAGCUCGGACGACGUCCUUAUCGUCGAGCUCGGCGCAGGCGUGGCUGGUUGCCUCCCACCGCCCGACACCCACGCCCAUCAGGCACUGGCGCUCACCCGAUUGGGAAAGCUCCCGCGGCUCGACGGCGUGGCCGUGCCUGAAUCAGUGCCCGAGACGCCGCAAGCUGUUGCCGAUGACCUCGCCCGGGUCGUCGGCAGUCGGUGUGGACCUGAGCCGGUCGCACCGCUCACCGCAUGGGACAUUGACGUCCCAUUUGGCAUCCAGGUCGUCGGCGCCGACUUUGUGCCGCCGCUCGCGUACCAGCUCUGUGCGCCCGCAAGCAAAAAGCGGCCGGCGCUGGGCCUCGCUAUGGUUGUUGAGCUUGUCCACGCCACCCACGCGCUCGCAGCACCGCACGUCACUCACCUGUUGCCGUUCUCGGAAGCGCCGCGCUGGCAAGCGCGGGUCAACUUUGUACGCGCCACACGCCCACAGCCGAUCCCGGUCUCGGACCUCCCGCUCGAGGCCAAGGUCAUCGUCACCAUGUUCCUCGUCCACUCGACGAGAGCGGCCUCGUUUGACGAGCUUGCCGAGAGCUAUGCAUCUUGGGCGGCCGGCGCUGUCGGGCCAGCCCGUGGCCGGGCCGGCUCAAGUGGGCCUGGCGCAGCCGAGGCGGCAGUAGAGUCCGGCGCAGCGCCCGAGGCCGGCUUUGCCGCCGACCUUGCUGCCGCGCAUCCGUCGGCAUGCCUGCCCGAGACGCUCGCCGGCGCGUUCUUCCCGCUUGGCUGGGUCGCUGUUCCGGUCUUCGACUCGCGCCGCGGCAUGGCCCAGGGUGAGGUCACUGCGCGGCUGUGGCGUGAUGCGCCGGGCAACCCGCUCGGGCCGCUCGGCUCGAACCCGCGGCUAGCCGGUGCUCUCCCGGUGGUGCUCUCGUUCCCGUCGUUUGCCCGACAGGUCAUCCUCCCACAUCCGCUUGCUCUCGACAAUCCUGACGAUGCCAUGGCAGAGCUGUACGCUUCCGGACCGCUCUGCGAGCCAGACUCGCUCCUCGAUGAGCUGUUUGGCCAGGGCCAGCCGCUGGCCACCGCCGCGACGCUUCCGGUCGACGCUUGCACGCUCUCGGCCGUUCUUGACGCCAACGACGCCGCCGAGCUUGAUGCAAUCCUCGGUCUCGACCCGCUCACGCAGCUGAGUCGGGCACAAUGCGAGCUGCUCCGGCUCUACCGCGGAUAUCUCUCGGUAGCCGGCGUCUCGCCGGUCCGCUACCUCUCGUCGGUCGACUUUGCGUGCCGGGCCCAGGUCGCCGAAGCGCAUGCGCUGCUCGUCCGCUGGCGGCGGCCGCAGGUCGACGGCGUGGACUUGUCUGUACUCGAGCUUCUCGGCCCGCACUUUGCUGACGAGAUGGUGCGGAUGUAUGCGGUGAACGAGCUUGCACGGCUCGACGACGAGUUGUUGCUGCUGUUCAUGAUGCAGCUGGUCCAGGGCCUCAAGUACGAGCGGUGCCACGACUCGGCACUGGCGCGGUUCCUUCUCGGGCGGGCGCUGUGCAACCGGCACGUUGGCCACGCGCUGUUCUGGCACUUGCGAUCAGACGUCCACGAGUCGGAGAACGAGGCCCGGUUUGCGCUGCUUCUCCACGCCUAUUCUGCGGCGGCAGGGCGGGUGCAGGCUAGCGAGCUCGUGGCCCAACUGCGGUUGGUGGAAGGCCUCACUGACGGGGCCGAGUGGAUCAAGGCCACCAAGUCGCAGCUCAACGUGGGCUCGCUGCGCAAGCGGCUGAGAGAGGUGUUCGGCCCGGACGCUCCGGUCUCCUCGGGCCUCCCGUACAACAUGACGACCAAGGUCGGAGCGCUUGUGGUGGACAAGUGCAAGUUCAUGGACUCGAAGAAGCGGCCGCUGUGGGUAGUGUGCACGGAGGCGUCGCCGCGGGCCGACUCGCGGCUGCCGAUCAUUUUCAAGACCGGCGACGAUCUGCGGCAGGACGUGCUGACGCUGCAGCUGAUGCGGGUGAUGGAUACCGAGUGGCGCAACGCCGGUAUGGACCUCUGCAUGUCGCUGUACUCGGUGGUGGCAACCGGAAAGGAGGCUGGCAUGAUCGAGGUCGUGGCCAACUCGGCAACGCUUGCCGACAUCCAGAUGGCGGCCAAGGGCGCGCGGUCGGCGUUCUCAGACAGAGUACUUGCCGACUGGCUACUCGAGGCCAACGUCGACUCGCGGGCGCACGCGAACGCUGUUGAAACGUUUGUGGCGUCGUGCGCAGGCUACUGUGUCGCCACCUACGUGCUCGGCAUCGGCGACCGGCACAACGACAACAUCAUGCUCGCCCGCGACGGCUCGCUCUUUCACAUUGACUUUGGCCACUUUCUUGGCAACAUCAAGCGCAAGUUUGGCAUCUCGCGCGAGCGCACGCCGUUUGUCUUUACGCCCGACAUGGUGUACGUCAUGGGCGGACGCGACUCGCCGCAGUACGCCCACUUUUUGGAGCUUGCCUGCGCCGCUUACAAUGUGCUCCGCGCGUCGGCCACCAAGCUCAUCAACCUCUUUGCCAUGAUGCUCAAUGCUGGCAUUCCCGAGCUCUCCUCGGUUCGCGACCUCGAGUAUCUUCGUCGCGUCCUCCGCCUCCAAGACACCGACGAGGAGGCUGCGACGUACUUUCGCGAUCUGGUCGACGAGUGUCUCCGUGGCGGGUGGAAGCACAUGCUCAACUGGUACGUCCACAACAAGGUCCAUGCAUCGGCACUGCUCUCGGCCCACAUCUGAAAAUGUACGGCAGGCAGCACUAGAGACUUUUUACGCUCCCUCACUUGCGCUUCUGGCGCUUGCUUGCGCUUCCGCUGGCGGACUGUGCCCCCGCAUCGCGCUUGCGCUUGGCGCGGACAGCGUUAAAGACAGUGCGGAGGUGAGCGA